AAGCGCUCCGCGCCGGGCAAGGAACAGCAGCAGGCCGCGACGGCCCGCCGGAAUUGGAGUCCCUUCUCGUGGUGCCUGAGAGACCGAGGAAGCCUCUACGGGAGAAGAGAAGAGUGGGGAGGGUCAAUUAUGAUAAUUAAGGAAUAAAACAACUCUGAAUCUUCAGUGUCCUUCUUAAUUAAGAUGAAUGAAUCCAGGCCUCUGCAAGGUGACUCAUUGGUUGCUCAGCUUGAUGUUGUAAUCUCUGCUUGUGAAGAUGAGCCUUUCCAAAAGAGAGGGCACAAGACAAGAAUACUUAGUCCUGAAGAAACCAAAAAACUGGCUGAAGAUCAAAUCUUAGUAUCCAACUUCAAGCAAGAGAAACUUGAGAAAGAGGCACAAAAGAAUUGGGACCUUUUUUACAAAAGGAACAGCACCAACUUUUUCAAGGACAGGCACUGGACUACAAGAGAGUUUGAAGAGUUAAAAGCCUGCCGUGAAUUUGAAGCUCAGAAGCUGACAAUUCUUGAAGCAGGCUGUGGUGUUGGGAACUGUUUAUUUCCACUUUUAGAAGAGGAUCUGAAUAUCUUUGCAUAUGCCUGUGAUUUCUCUCCCCGAGCUGUGGAAUAUGUAAAGCAAAAUCCUUUAUAUGAUACCCAGAGAUGCAAAGUAUUCCAGUGCGACCUUACCAAAGAUGAUCUUCUGGAAAAUGUUCCAUCAGAUUCUUUGGAUGUUGUUACGUUAAUAUUUGUACUUUCUGCCAUUCAUCCGGAAAAGAUGCAUUUAGUUUUGCAUAAUAUUUAUAAGGUAUUAAAACCAGGCAAAUGUGUGCUGUUCAGAGAUUAUGGUCUCUAUGAUCAUGCAAUGCUGAGGUUUAAAUCUGCUAACAAGCUUGGAGAAAACUUCUAUGUAAGACAAGACGGAACCAGAUCAUACUUUUUCACCGAUGACUUCUUGGCGGAACUUUUCCUGUCUGUGGGAUAUGAACAAGUGAUCAAUGAAUAUGUGCUACGUGAAACUGUGAAUAAGAAGGAAGGCCUGUGUGUGCCAAGAGUUUUCCUCCAAAGCAAAUUUCGAAAGCCUCAAAGGGAAACAUAACUUUUGUGGAUUUGGAGUGGGACUUUUGGUUGUGUUCAGAUGUUACACUAAACUAUGCUUUAGUGUUAUGACAAUGAACCUAGCCUUCCAGUGGGUUCAUGCACUCCUCACUUCCCUCUCCUCUUCCAGUACAGCAAUAAGAGGAGUUGGAAGCUUCCACUUCUGUUUUAGAUUAACCACAGUUUAACAUGUCAUCCGAAAGCUAAACCGUGGUUAAUCUUAACUGUGGUUAGUGGAAACAAGCUAGUUUCUAUGGUGUGAAGUUAACUCAUUUGGGGCUGUUCAUACAAGACACUAACCCACCUACAGUGGUUGAGUGUGGGUUGUUGUUGAACUGUGGGUUGUUUCUUGAAGCGUGGGGAUGUUAAGCCAUGAACUGGGGCUUUUUAAUCAUCCUGAACGACCCAACAAGAAACCAUGCAUUCUUAAAGUGGCUUGUUUGAGAAAAAUAAGCCGCCUUUGUGAAGGGCUCCUUACAGCUGUGCUGGAGGUGUGGGGGAGCAGUGUGCAAGCCUUGGAGGAGGCUAUGUUAAUUGUAACACUAAACUAUGGUCAAAUGUAACAUCUGAGCCAGCUCAUUAUAUGGCUAUUCCACAGUAGUUUCCUUUGCUUGCACUAUCACAAAGACUGCUUUUCCAGAAUGACAGAAUCGCUCUGCCAAAGCUGCUCUCUGUUGUUUUCUUAUCGUUGCUGCAAGUGAAAAACCCUCAGAACAAGGGAAUGGGUCACACAACUGAGAAGCCACCAUGUCUGAUCAUGGCUCAGGUUUAUCUACCUUAAAGCUAAGCCUGGAUAAUACAUUGUUUUGAAUAAAGUAUGUUCUGCUUUUAAUUAAUCUUUUCACGAGCAGGCGGAGGAAUGUUCACAAAUGUUUAAAUUUUCUUAAAGAA